AACUCAUUCUCCUCCUACAGCAACUGAACAAAUUACACGAAGAGACCGUGACUGUUUCUUUUGCAGGUUUCGGCUGCGUGUCACCCAUAGACCAGGCUCCAGUGGCCAUUUUUCUUUAGUUCUUUUAGCCACUUCUGAGUCGGUGCGAGUAGCGGGAGCAUCCGGAGGUUGUCCUCACGCCUGCGAGCGGAGCACACGCACCAGUGUGACCGGAGUCCAGCGCGACGAGGGACAUCGCGGAUCGUCCAGAACGAGCGGUGACAUGUGUGGAAUCUGGGCUUUGUUUGGCAGUGAUGAGUGCCUGUCAGUUCAGUGCACUAGUGCCAUGAAGAUUGCUCACAGGGGCCCUGAUGCCUUCCGCUUUGAGAAUGUCAAUGGCUUCACCAACUGCUGCUUUGGUUUCCACCGGCUGGCUAUCGUGGACAAGCUGUAUGGCAUGCAACCCUUACGCAUCAAGAAGUUUCCUUUCUUGUGGCUCUGCUACAACGGAGAAAUUUACAACCAUCACACGCUGAGGGAGCAGUUUGAGUUCGAUCACCAGACCAAUGUGGACGGUGAGAUUUUGCUCCACCUCUAUGACCGCUUUGGCAUCCAGAAGAUGGCUUCUCUGCUGGAUGGUGUGUUUGCUUUCAUUCUGCUGGACACUGCCAACAGGAAAGUCUUUUUGGGACGGGAUACGUAUGGUGUGCGUCCUCUGUUCAAACUCCUCACAGAUGAUGGAUUSCUUGCAGUCUGCUCAGAGGCCAAAGGCCUUACAGAAAUUACCCAUKCAAUGGCCACCCCUGCCAACAUUGUUCCUUUUCUUCCUGGGCACGUUGAGGCCUUUGAUUUAAAGCAGAAUGGCAAAGUUCACUCUAUUCAGAUGGAACAGUUUCACUGCUGCACAAAGGAGCCUGCACAUGCCAUGUAUGACUCCUUGGAGAAACUACCUACAAGCUUUGAUGAGGAAGCAGUGAAAAGCAACAUCAGAAGUCUGUUUGAGAAUGCUGUAAGGAAACGUCUAAUGGCUCAAAGGMGAAUUGGUUGUCUUCUGUCAGGUGGCCUGGACUCCAGUUUAGUYGCUGCUACACUGGUGAAACUGGCCAAAGAGGAGAAGCUGCAGUAUCCCAUCCAGACUUUUUCAAUUGGCUCAGAAGACAGUCCAGAUGUCAUUGCUGCUCGCAAGGUUGCAGCUCAUAUUGGCAGUGAACACCAUGAGGUAAACUUCACUGCGGAAGAAGGCAUCCAAGCAGUAGAGGAAGUGAUCUCCCACUUGGAGACAUAUGACAUCACUACAAUACGUGCCUCUGUUGGGAUGUACUUGAUUUCAAAAUACAUCAAGCAGAAGUCGGACAGUGUGGUGAUCUUCUCUGGAGAGGGUUCUGAUGAGCUGACUCAGGGAUACAUUUACUUCCACAAGGCUCCAACCCCCAAAGCAGCAGCAGAGGACAGUGUUCGUCUGUUGAAGGAACUCUACCUGUUCGAUGUUCUUCGUGCUGAUCGCACCACUUCUGCACAUGGUCUGGAGCUCAGAGUGCCCUUCCUGGACCACAGAUUCACAGCAUACUACCUCUCCCUGCCUGAGGAGAUGAGGAUUCCUCGGCACGGAGUGGAAAAGCACCUUCUCAGGGAAUCCUUCAAAGGUCUCAACUUGAUCCCUGAGGAGAUCCUGUGGAGGCGUAAAGAAGCCUUCAGUGAUGGUAUGAUGUCUGUGAAGAAGUCCUGGUACACCUACCUGCAGGAACACCUACAAUCCAUGGUGAACGAUGAUCAGAUGGAGAAGGCUCACAAGACGUUCCCUCACUUGCCUCCAUGCAACAAAGAGGCCUACUACUUCMGACAGGUGUUUGAGAAGUUCUAUCCAGGUCGCGCUGAGUGGCUCUCCCAUUACUGGAUGCCUCGCUGGAUCAAUUCCACUGACCCCUCAGCACCUGUAUAUAUAUAUGAACCACACAAUGAGCAGAUUGAAUGAAACAUAUUUCAGCUUUUUUCUUGAGAUUCAUUUCCGACAUUCCAGUCAUUGAUUUCACUCAAUGUCAUUACUGUGAAAUGAAAAUAAAGCAUCAGACCUGGAACUUU